AAAAUUCUGUACACAUUAUUACGCAUGCUAAGUGCAAGAUAGAAUUCUCUGUGAGGCAUUUUAUCACGGUCGCAUUUUAAACGGUAUUUUUGUAUCUGAAACAUAAGUUUUAAAAGCUUCAACAGGGCCAGAAGUUAUAGAAUAACUUUAAUCUUAUAUAAUAACGGUGAAGUAUAAAAAUCUUUUUAGAGGCAAUUUUUUUUAAAUGUCUUGGCCAGCAUAAUGAUGCACAAAACAUCCAGAAUAAGAGACUAAGAUCUCAGACUAGCUGGUAAGCGUCUUGAUCAGGAUUGCCUGGGCUAACGUAACGUCUGAACAGAAACUUCCUAUGAGAAAAAUUAAGAGAACCUAAAAAGAAGAUGGCCAAUACCACCUCCUCUUAUUUCUACCAACAAUUUACACUUGAGAGAUUAGACUUUUAGGCUAAACUUUUGACAAUAGAUAUUAUUUUCAUAUGUCUCAGAAUUUCUCACUUAGUAUUCAUAAACGCACGGCAAGCGAAAAAGCGCUUUUUCUGUUAUUGACCAAAAUCUAAAAGCAAUUCGGAAACAAAAAUACUUCAAAGGACAAGCCCUACAACCAUGAUCCAAUUAUGUAAAAUUGCCAAAACAACUUUUGUUAGUAUUUUCCUUUCGAUCAAUAGAAUAUGGGUUCAAAACAUCUGCGCCCAAUGUCCUUUAUCAUUGCGGUGGAUCUUUGACAAAUCCCUCUGUUUACAAGUGGUUAGACAAUAAUUGUUAGCAUUAUACAAUUCUGUUUCUGUAACCAUUUAAUGUUUAACAAUAAUAUAAUGUGGUACUUGAGCGGCGAAGUAUUUGCUUUAGAUGUCAACGCACUUUAUCACGUCGUUGGCAAAUCAUUGAUAAUGCUUGUUAAACUAACGUUUUGUUGUGAGUUUAUUCUUUGUGUGACGAGGAGAGAAUAGUAUUACUUACUAAUAUUAUAUCAAGCUAUAGUAGCUGCUUAUGUUAGCGUAGAAGGUACCUAGAUGUACCUAAAUAUGUGCGAAAUUGCCUAAAUCUUCACCAAUCUGGUCACAGGUUUUAAAAGUAUUUAUACCGGACACUAUCAAGAAAUCUCUUUUUGUUAGGGAUUUACAUGAAAUUACACAUCACAUGGUGUCGUAGUCUACGUACGGCUUUGUCUACAUAAGGUUGCAGGGCGAUCCCAACGCCCGCUGACAAGUGCAAAUUCUUUAUUAUUUUAAGUCACCAUUGGCAAACGGUGAAGGAAAACAUCGUGAUGAAAGCUGAGUUCCUGGUAUUAGAAUCUGUACAGGAAGAGUUCUGUGUUAAGCUAUGGAACGUUUUUAGGCUGAUAUUAUUAAAUGUUAUACUAAACAUUGAUCUUUCGUAAUGUAAUCUAUAAAAAGAUUCUAAAGACUAGAUAGAUAUAGGUCCUUAAGACUUUGUUUAAGUGACUUUAAAUCCUAAAGGUGACCUCCUGCCAGAUUAUUAAGGUCAAAUUACGCCUUAUGCUAAGGCCAGCUACCUGCGCCUAUUUGCCUGUUUAAAUCAUUAGCAAUUUAAUCCUUUUGUAGUAAACAUUCAAGUCCCGAACACAGAAUCCCCUGACCCAGAACAAGCGUUCAUGGAUCACACAAACGUUUAUCCUACGUGAAGACAGAUUCCGUGACACGACGAUCAUAGCGGAUUUGACAUGUUGACGUUAACUAGGUACUCGUUGUUUGUUUGAAAGCACUUACCUUAGGAACUAUGCGUUGGAAUACAAUAUAUAAUGCUAAAGCUAUACAUGGACGGUUUAGGUAGACAGGAACUUUAAGUCAGCCCCUGUGUCAUACCUGCGUGUUGCAUCUUCGAUGAUUGAUAUAAGUAUAAUAAGGGAUGCCUCAGUAUUCUGUAAAAAAAACCUUACAAUAUUACCAUUUGUUAUGAAUAAAAAAAUUCACAACUUAUUAACAUAACUAACAAGCAGGAGUCAAAAAGCACACGUUGCAUCACAACAAAUAUUAAUAAGCUAUUACGUUAUAAUAUCAUAUUACAAAUCAAUUAAUCUUUACGAAGGCAUUAUAAUAGAAAUACAAAUUAAUUUUCCCACAAACCCUUAAAGUAAUAUCAUCCUUUUGUGUGCAAACAGUAUCUCUUUCCCAUUCAAUUUGCGAAACGUAUGAAUGAGCGAACGUCACAACACUUGUGAGGGCAGCGGCGCGUGAGCCCCGGAGACCGCGGCCACAGAUAACAUCAGCUAUCCCAAUCCCCGAAUCCCCAAAGGGAUGGUAUUAAGGCGUGGCUAUACAAACCCCUCCCCUAAUGUGUACAAUAUAUGUAAGGGUAGCAGUUACCCAGAUAAUUUAUUUGCAUUCAGAUUCAGUGUUCGUCAUGGAUACCUCCCCGGUACAGUCGAGUUCAAAGUGUGGCUCUGAUUUCAGUAUAGAGCGGAUUCUGAGCAGUGAUAGCAGAAGGAGUGAUAACGCUGAUGUUCCCGACUGGUUGUGUUGCACUCGGUACAGACCGCCGCGGUUGCCACGUGCAGUGAUUGGCGGUCGCGCGCGGCGGUCAGGCCGGCACGCCCGGGUGCCGUUCACGGUUGCGCAGGCGGCGGCGCUGGAGGCCGCGUAUGCGCGCGCGCCGUACCUCGCACCGCCAGCGUUACGCGCGCUGGCUGCUGCCUUGCAACUACGUGACGAUAGAAUAAAAAUCUGGUUUCAAAACCGGCGAGCAAGAGAGAGGAGAGAAAAAUGCGUGAAUAUAACACCACCGGUCGCUGUGACGUUGCCGCCUACAACAACACCAGUGUCCCUUUCAUAUCCCAUCACUAACAGUACCUGGACUCAGAAUGAUAUGCAAAUACCGUUUAAUAUGACAAUGCAUAAUAGUCAAGAAAAGCUCGACAGAGUUGGAAUGUACGUGAGAGAUAAAAAUACUUCAGAAGUUUCAUCUCUAAGUGAAUCGACGGAUGACGAUAGACCCGACUCGCCCUUGGAUAUUGAAUCUAUAGAAGACUAAUAAUUGUAAUUAUUACAAUUGUGAUUUACCAGAUAGGAGGAUUUUAAAGCUACGGUGCACUGUGAUAGCAACACAAUAUGACAUAAUUUAUGUAUUAUGGGUGAUUCACCAGAAAUGAAUAACAAUAAUGAAUUUCAUGACACGACGUUUAAAAUACUGAAGAGGGGUAUUUUACUAAUUUAACUUUUAAUACAGUAAUAUAACUACCUAUUUAUUUAACAUACAAUAAUUAAAAUAUUUAAACACCACAUAGAUAUUAGUGUGGUGAGGAUAUGAUUUCUUAAAUUUAGCCAUGUUUUUUUCUAAAGAAUUACCACUUAUGAGAGUUUAAAUUAUAUUAAAGGAUAGUAUUUUAAUCAAGAAUGUGUGUAUUAUUUUUAAUCUUUCCAAUUAGGGUAAGAAUCAUUGAAACUCAUUAUGUUGCUCGUAGGUCACUGACUGCGUGGGAAAAUAACAACAAUGCCUUUGAGAGUUCAUGAUAAUGAGAAGAGUUAUUAUUUACUUCUUUACGCAAUAAAAACUAUUAGGCAACGUUUAGU